UAGCAACUGCUUAUGCCGGAGGCAGCCAAUCGAGAAGCGUAAGAGCUACUGCAGGUGCAAAGCAAGGCUAGCCGCUGCAGUGAAGCCGAGGAGAAAACACAUUUCAUGAUGGCGUCUGCAAAUGCCACAUACGGGCAGAAGGAGUCUACGGACCAAAACUUUGAUUACAUGUUUAAAAUCCUCAUCAUUGGCAACAGCAGCGUAGGAAAGACUUCCUUCCUUUUCCGCUAUGCAGAUGACUCAUUCACGCCAGCCUUUGUCAGCACUGUGGGCAUCGACUUUAAGGUCAAGACCAUCUACAGGAAUGACAAGAGGAUAAAGCUUCAGAUAUGGGACACUGCUGGGCAGGAGCGCUACAGGACAAUCACCACAGCCUACUACAGGGGUGCCAUGGGCUUCAUCCUCAUGUAUGACAUUACCAAUGAGGAAUCCUUCAACGCUGUGCAAGACUGGUCGACCCAGAUCAAGACAUACUCGUGGGACAACGCUCAGGUCCUGUUGGUGGGGAACAAGUGUGAUAUGGAGGACGAGCGAGUGGUGGCUGCAGAGAGGGGUCGGCAGCUGUCAGAACAGCUGGGUUUUGAGUUCUUUGAGGCAAGCGCUAAAGACAACAUUAACGUGAAGCAGACAUUCGAGCGGCUCGUGGACAUCAUCUGUGAGAGGAUGGCAGAGAGUCUGGAUAACAACGACCCCACCAUCACCGGAGCUAAACAGGGGCCACAGCUCAGCGAGCAGCCUCAGAGGUCCCAUCAGGAUUGUGCUUGUUGAACACAGCUACACACACGUCUGCUGUCAUGAGAUCCACACACCUUGUUAGGUUUUAUUUUUGAGUUUUGCUUUCUUUUUGUUUGUUUUCAUACCACACACAGAAACUGCCAUACAUAGAGACAGAUGCAAGAUGGCUCUUCAGUUCUCCACCCCUCUCACUACACCACAACUACUGUCCACAUCAGCCAGUUCCCCCCAAAGAUGUGGUGUUCUUAAAGUUUUUGUUGUCAGUAGUACAGAAAUUAUGAGAUUAUGCAUAUUUGGUCAGAGGGGUAAAGAACAUUUAACAUGAUUACCAUCGUAAAAAGUCUUCAAUAGCUGCACACGCACUAUAACAGAACUGCAAAAGGCCAGUCAGGCUAAGACUACAUCAUUCCUUAUUUUUAAUGUCUGUGAUUGGGUUGAACUCUAAAAGGUUGUGAAGGAGCAGUAUUCUCCUCCAGCCUCCACUCCCAUUCAGCACCAAUGCCUCAGACCUAAAUAGAUACUAAUCAUUUGGCAAUUCUUCGACAUUUAUUUCCACUGAAAAUAUGUUUGUUGCUGUGUUGGUUGAUGUUUUUUUUUUGUUUUUGAAUUGGUCAGGUGUGGUUUUGAGCAUGUGAAAUCAUCUUGUCAUAGUUGUGUUUUAGUUUGGUGUCCUUACAGGGUUGUUUGAGAGCUCGUUUCUCUCUUUAAUUUAGGGAAUUAGUGGAAAAAUAGCAAGUUGUGCAUAUCACUCAACCAAUCAAGACAUCUAUGCUCAUGGAGUCUAAAAAUGCACUGCUCCUGUUGUUUAGGGAGAUUUUAUACUAAAUCAGAUCAGAAUCGGAAAGACUUUAUUUAUCCCCAAGGGGCAAUGUAGUUCAUAACAAAACAAAAGUCAACAGAAAAGGUAUGACUAAUUUACUUUGAUAACAUUUUGCAUCCAAAAGAUUAACAGGACGCUUAAUCUGGUUGAAAUUCGUACAUCACUUAAGAGAACCUGUGCUUUCCACCUUAAAAGAUGCAGGUAUAGGCAUUUCUGAAUUUGAUCAUAUGGUCAGGUAUAGCUGACUAAUGUAGAAGAUGCGCAUGCCACCAUAGGAACCGUGGUUGUACAACUUUAAAAAACAAGCUCAUGACUUAAGCUAGUGUGCACAUGUGUCUGCCAUAUUUACUCUCCUGUCCUUAAAGAAAUGGCACUGCACUCUGAACUUCUUACUGUUCUGUAAUAACUCUCGGCUGGCUUAUACUCAGCACCAUGACAGAGAAUCAGGAGCCUAUUGUUCUCCUACCAAGUCUUUACCACUUCACCAUUACAACACUGGAAACACCUGGGUGCAAACUUUUCAUAGGCAUACAGUGUGUCAGUUUUAGUUUUGUUAUGAAAUAUGUUAACUUUGAAAAUAAGUGGUAGUAAUAGAAGUGCAUUUCUUUAUUCUAUGAGUGUAGAUAUAUAAUUACUUUGAGGCCUGUCUCAGAAAUUUUAAAGAAAUGUUUAUUAGCAGACUCAGAGAGUACGUUAAUGUGGCGUUAAAAAAAAAAAAGCAACAGAGCCUCUUUUUUUUUUUUUUUUUUUAACCUUUUUUGUUACUGCUUUUUAACACAUAGGACAAAAUAAAAGGAUACAGGAUCUAUUUCGCUAACUGAAGAGUGUAUAAAUGUUUUAAAGGUGAAAUGCAUAUAUAAUAUAUUAAAGUGAGAAUGAUUUUGGAUAUUGGAUUCAUUCCUGUGCCGUAGUAAGACGUGCAUGUCGUUGAUGUUUUUAAUGGAUUCUUGUUGACUGGAUGGUUAUCUGUAUGAGCUGUUGUCUGAUUUGAAAACCCACCUAUCAUGCAGUUAAGGUACUUGGACGUACCCGGUGGGGCUAAAGGUUUCAGAUGUUAAGCCCACAGCCCCCUUCACAUUGUAUUACUUUCAUUCAAUGUGUACAAUGUGUAACGUGCACUCACUAGAAAGGCAUGUGAUUCAGUGUGAGCACUGGUGCAGCACAGUCCUGCCAUAUCCAGGAAGCCUCUUAUGUCUUUCUAGAUGAUAUUUAUGUCUUUACGUAUUUAUUUUUGACAGAAUAUGAUGUUUUUGAGCAUGUUAACUGUGACUCUUAUUUCUCCCUUUCUUUCUGUGAGGCUCAAGUUAAGGGAUUUGUUCGCUUAUGUAUUUAGUACAAACCGGUAAGUCAUGCAUUCAGACAUAUGCUGAGGCAUGCGAAGACAUAGCUUCAUCACAUGAAUUAUUUAUUUUGUAUUAUUUAUAACUUAAUUUAUUUGUAGUAUUCUUCCUAGAUUAUGCAUUGCAUUCUGCACUCAACUUUUUAAGGGAUGUUCAGUAGUAUUCAAUCGCUAAACUGUCCCAGCUUUUAGAUGACAGUGUGUUUACAGUGCACAGUGUACAAAGCUUAAGAUGAUUCCUCGAGAGGAAAGUUAAACAUUCCAGUGUAAAACCUCUGCUCAUGUCCACAUGACUUUGGUGGGACGUUUGUUUGUCUUUUGAUAUCAGUUAUGUAACUUUUAAGGCUAGGCUGAGCAUAGAACAAUUUUGUUUUGUUUUGUUUUUUUGACCAUCGUCAGCACAGUGAAGCCUCGCUGAAGGUUUUUGAGCACUGUACUCGGGUGUUUGAAUGUACAGUUUCUAUAAAGAGGGUCUUGAUGAUGUGUUUAAAGCCAAAAACAUUGCUUGUUGGACUUGUGCUAUCAAACCUGUCUGGUAGUUUUUCUACUCUGUGCAGCAGCUCCAAACAUCAAAAGUGUUUUGGGAAUAAAGUGAAUAUGCUGAACACUUGAUUUAAAAAGUGAUUCUUACCACAUUUGUCCCUUUUUUUUUUUUUUUUUUAAAUUUUGCUUAGUGUAUCUUACUGCAGCUGUAAACUUGCUAAUAACUUGGGAAAACACAUCCUCCCGUUCAGCCGUCCUGCUCCUCCUCCUCCUCCUCUUUCCUCACCCUGUUACAUAUAACCUGUGUAAAUAGGAACUUUCUGCCCGUCAGGCAUUAGGAAUGUGAAUUGUGCUGUAACUGUGUAAUGCCAGGUUUACUAAAAAUAAGGAAUCAAUAAACAACUUCUCAAAGCUGGA